GCCCCAGUGGGCUAGCUACAAGAACAUUACAAAGAUGUAGACAGACUAGUGACAUAUAUAAAUAGAACAUCAUAGAUAAGCAACAUUUUGCGGACUGAACUAAAAGUAUCAAUAUAGCUUGAAUAGAUUCGAAUCUUUUGAGCAAUCAUAUUUUCUGUCGUCAGUGGGUCUGGGAAUUGCCAUCAUGCCUUCAUCUAGUAAUCAGAUCACGAAAAGUUCAAAUGCUAUGGCAAGAGUAUCCAAAACAUCCUCACGGAAGCCAGGUGUUCCUGUUGACACCCAGUUGAUCACUGCCAAAGGCAAGGGCGAGAUUACAAAUAUUAAGCCAGUUGAUCUGAGUCGUACAAUACGUCUCCUCGAAGAUAGUUUAACGGUCUCUUUGAAAGAAAGACAUCUAUUCACGUUGAAGAAGAUUGUAAAGAUAUAUCAGACCGGAUUUCUUCUGAAGGAUCUUGAAAACAUCUUCAAAAUUAUAAAUAUUUGCUCAGAGAGAAUCAAAGACCACCCAGAAUAUACCCCCUUUUUACAUAAUUUACUGAAGAUAUGUGGACUUCCCUUCCUGAAAGAGAAAACUUCAGACGAAGUGAAGUACAGAGAUUUUGCAAAGCAUUCACUCUCUCAACUAGGUCUCCUGAUGCGAGUGCCUGAUGCUGAUAUCAGGAUGCAGAUCUGUGCUUCAGUGUCAUCCUUCUGCAGCUCUCCAUCGACCAAGCCACCACCAGGCUUUGGGCUGCAGCCGCUGAGCGUUGGCUGCAGACGAGAGCUGCUGGAGCAGAGUGGUGUGGCUGAGACGCUGGUGCUGUCCCUGGCUAUGCUGCAGGACCAACUGGCCGUCAGGCUGCAGAUGCUGCAGACACUACAGCUCCUCUCCAGCUUCUCUGAUGUGAACUGUGAGCUGAUGCUGAAGGCGGGGGCGGCCCAGAAGCUGUGUGUGCACAUGAACGAGGCCGACCCCUCGGGCCAGUUGCUCUUCCGCUCCUCCGAGAUCCUCUGGAACCUUCUGGAGAGGGGCUGCCCCCAGGAGCUCACCUCACAGCUCAGCAGCCUGGACGCCAUACUGUGCCUGAAAGAAGCGUUUCUGAACCAGCUGCAGAAUGGAUACAGAAACUAUGACCAGCAGCUUCGAAAUGACCUUCUGGUCAUCUCGACUCUAAUUGCAGAGAACCCCAAAGCACCACUCAUUGAAAGUGGGUUCGCCAAACAACUUGUCCAUUUCGCUACUUUUCCAGAAUUGAAGAGCCACAAUCCUCUUAGCCGCAACCUUAAAUUGACCUACAACAACGAGGACUUUGAGAUGAAGAAGCUUUUGCUUAACGCGGUGGUGGUAAUGUCACAGGAUUUAUCCGCUGUGCAGCUUUUCAGAGAGGGUAAAGUCAUGCUGGCGCUGAUGCACUUGAUAAAACCGCCUGACACGACUCAGGUCCACUCUCAGGCUCAGAGCAGCGGCCGCAAUUGGACUCCGGUCCAGCAGGAGGAGCUGCAGCUGCAGGCUCUGGCCACGCUGGCCACACUGGCCCCACUCAUGCUGGAGGAGUACAUGACCUGCCAGGCCAACACCUGCAUCCUCAUGCUGCUGGAGUGGUGUGUCCAGGAAGACGAAUACUUCUGCCACGGUCACAGUUUCCAUGGCACAGGUGGCAGGGGCAGCAAGAAGGCCCAGCUGCGCUACAGCGUGCGGCUCCUCAGGACCAUGGUGUCCCUAGCCAAACCUGUCAUCAACCAGGACCUCUGUGACCAGGGAGCCAUAGGCCUCUUAUUGGGUCUGCUGAGUCACCUGGGAGGCCCCGAUGACGAGGACGAGGUUGCCCUGGAGAUCAAAGCCGACCUGCAGCUCACGCUGUCUGCUCUGUGUGAGAGUGACCUGCACAGGAAGGAACUCUUUGGUGCUGAAGGAGUGGACAUGGUAGUCCAUUUCCUGAAAAUGAACCCAGCCAAGUUCUACAGUGGCCUGGGCCACAGCAAGCUCAUCCUCUCCACAGUGGACUGUGUUUGGUCCUGCAUAAUUGGGUGUUUCACCAAUGAGGAUGUGUUUCUGGAAAAGGAAGGAGUCUACCUUCUGUUUGAUCUUAUUCAUUCGAGCCCGUUGACGAUGCACGGCGUGUUUCUGGGGGUCCUGCUGGAGCUGUGUGACAACCCCAAGGCCCUGCCCCACGUGCGCGCCUGGAGGGGGCCAGGCGGCCUGAGCUCCCCACGGCUCCUGCUGCAGCUCUGGAGGCAAGAGGAAGAGGAGCUGGGGGUGCAGAGGGACCAGCACGGACGCAUCACAGACCCACUGCGGCCCCUGGUGCACCCCCAUCAGGAGCAGCAGGCCCAGGUGUCCAAUCCGGCCCACAUGCCCAGCGCCGCUGUGGUGGACGUCACAGAGAGCCAGCGCUCCAAGAUCUACGGGCUCUUCUGCAAACUGGGUUUUACAGACCUUCCUGGAUUGACGACAGAGGACUUCAUCACCUUAAGCAUCGUAAACAGAUAUUUAGACUUCAAGACGGGUGAGAUCUGGGAGGAGAUCACCCGUGAGCUGUCACUGGAGGGUGUGCGGCCCGUCACUCCGGACGUCGAGGCCUUAGCAACCAUCGCCCAGGCAACGGAGGACAUGGCCAAGAGGGUGAUGGAGCAGCAGAAGGAGAUCCUGCAGAAGCAGGAAGCAGAGGACGCUGAGAGGGAGAAGGAGGCCUACGCAGAGAUCAAGUCACAUCACAGGCAACAGGAACUCACCACCAAGUCCUGGGAGCAUUUUGUGGCAAAAACAUCAGACUACAGGAUCUUAAAGGAGUGCAAGAAACAUCAGGAGAAAUCCAUCGAAGCGUCUCGAUCGAAGGCGACAAGGAGAGACAGUGGCACUGUGUAUCACCAAACCCAUUUAUCUGGUCUGAAGACUACGACCUUCUGCGGGCGUACGAUGGCUAUUGAGAGCACCCCUGCCCACCUGACCGGGGGGCCCCUGGCCAACACAGACUUGGCCCUGGCCAGGGUGCCAAUCACAGGGGGAGCUCUGAGGAAACUACCCCAGCCCACCGCCCCACAAGACCUGGAGCACCUCAACGCCGUCUCUGUGCAAUAAAGACAAGCAAUGCUCUUUUUCUACCAGAACUCA